AUGACUCACAUACGAAACCUCCUGGGGACCCUGAUCCUUGUUUGGCCGCCGAGUCCCGAUGAACCGUCCCAUUCCAGUAGCAACGGAUUCAAUACCGUGCCCACGAUUCAUUCCGUUAGGUCGCCCCACUCACCCCACCCACCCCACGCACUAUCACAGCCGGUCCCACGCCCCGGAGGUAGUCCGUACAGGCCUGUGACACUGCGCCUGGAGCCAAGACUGCCCAAAAAGGCGGGAGCCCAGCAAGGGAUCCUCAUCGGCUCGAGUACAUACCACAUUUUACAUCCGCAAUGGGAUCCCUCUUCGGGCCGUAUGACGCACCAGGCAGACGAAUUCACACCCACAUCGACUAGAUCACACACACCCUUUCCCGUACCCAUGGGUGACCAGGCAUGCGCAGAGAUGCGCUACCGACAACGGGAUAUUGCUUCGUACGUCCCUGGCCCUGACCCUGCGUGGCCUGCCAAGUCAUCGUACGAAAUGCCCUCCGCUUGCCAGAAAGGGGAAUGGGAACUCACUACUGGGAGCGUUUGGGAAAGAAGCUCUUGGCUUUUGAUCGAGGCCCAGCCUCUCCACUCAUUCCGAUACAACGUACUUCGUACAUACUGUACGACGUACCUCCUUGCCCACCUUCCUUCCACCUAUCUGCCGACUACCGUUCCAAACCUGAGGUUCUUUGAGCAUAAACGAAUAUCACUCUCGCCUGUCCCAUCAACUCUGUUCAUCGAUAAGACAAAGAUGAUGCCCUCGACUUUCUUGGGAAUUUCAAAUCCCGACGCUUCCACAUUUUCACAGCACGCAGGUGUCUCUAUGGAGGAUUUGUCCCGUCAAAUGGCCCUCUCGCAAGCUUCGCGGAGGCUUUCAAGGGGGUCAAAUGGGCAACAGCGUGCUGGAAGUGCCAUGCGAGUUGUGAAACCCACGAGCGCCAACACCAGUCCGAGAUCAUCAUCUCAUAUAGCAUCGAGGAAACGGGCUCUCAUGAACGACGCAUCACUAGUAGCGCGACGAAGACAAUGCGCUGUUAAUCAAGCCAUACUGCCGGCGUAUAGGUCAGAUAUACCGAGCCAUACUCGCUCCAGCCGUCCACUCAGCUGGCAUCCCUCAACAGGCCAACAACCAUGCUACGCUCAUACGCCUGGCCUUCAGCAGGAACAGUAUCUGACCCAGCGUCACUUUCCUGUUCCCGCUUUUCAAGACGACCACGACCUGGUUCCGGCAUACCAACCUCAAUACUCGCCGGUUCAAGCGGCCUACUCAUGCAGCGCGUCACCAAGCUCGGCUUUCUCGCCCCUCUCUCUUCCCUUCGACGCCAUUGACACGACACCUUACUUGCCAGCCGAGGGAUGGAACCUCUCACAACAAUCUCUCCCUCCUUACGUGUCACCCUUAAAUGAAACAAGCUAUCCAGAGCUGUUCCCUAGUCUCCCUGCAUCGGCAUUUGCGACGGAUUCGUCAACACAACACGAGUGGGGCAGCUUCGCGUCUCGAGGAUUCAACAGUACCUCUCCGCCGACACCGGAAAACCUGCCUCGGAUGCAGCAGCCUCAGCCGGCCGUCACUACUGAGGAGUCUAUCCCCUACCAGCCGCUCGAUGAAGCUGAGGAGGAAGGCGAGAUUCUCGUCGGAAUGGGACUGUACGAUGCUCCGGAGAAGUACGAUGAGGACCCUCAUCUCUACAACUCUCGGUCAGCCAUGUCAUCGCUUCUGGGGUCUUCCUACCGUUGCCGCGAGGGUACGGGCAAAGGUCUCAAACUAGAAGAGCCAUGGCAGCCACCCGAGAGUGAUGACGAAGACCAGGAGCAAGAUGCCGACGGUGAGGAUCAGGAAGAGGAUAUGAGCAAUGCGGCAUGA